UCAAUAUAGGGUAAUGUCCGUUAGACAGCGUGAGAUAGUAAACAUGUAAAGAUGUAGAUAGUAGAUAAGAUACCAUCAAACCGCGAAUUGAAUACCCAGGGACUCGAGUUCACGGAUAAGUCCUACCAACCUUGCGCUUCUUGUUUACUUUUGAGAUGGCGUCGCUUCAGUACCUCUCCGUGUGCACUAGCCUAUUACUGCUUGUAUGUUUUCUAAAUGUCGGACGGGUGUCUUCGACGGAAGUCAAAUCUGGACAGCUGUAUCAGCUCUGUGGAGACCAGUUCCUGAGUGCUUACACACAGUGCUGUGAGAACCCGGCCGGGUGUGAGGGGAGCACGAGAAAGAGGGAGAUGAAAGAAGGCGACAAAAGCAUUCUCAGCCCUGAGACUGAAGCCAAACGAUUUCUACAGUUCUCCAUUGCACGUGAUCGAGUGCGCCGCGGUAUACUUAGUAAGCGGUCAGCGGGUGGCGGUACCAACCCUGUUGAGGAGUGUUGCUCAGAGACGUGUUCCCUGGCGGAGGUGGCCGAGUAUGACUGCGUUUAACCAGCAAACUUCACAGAGAUAUUUAUUAUAGUUUCAGGACGCAAUUGAAGUUUAGAAUGAAUUUUGUACAAAGAGACAAAUAAAUCAUUGAGUUAUGUGA